AUGCCUAGUCUAGUGGUAUCUGGAAUAAUGGAAAGAAAUGGGGGCUUUGGAGAACUAGGAUGUUUCGGGGGAAGCGCUAAGGACCGAGGGCUGCUGGAAGACGAGCGCGCCCUUCAGCUGGCUCUCGAUCAACUCUGCCUCCUGGGUUUGGGGGAGCCCCCCGCCCCCACGGCGGGCGAGGACGGGGGAGGUGGGGGGGGCGGCGCCCCCGCGCAGCCGGCCGCCCCCCCGCAGCCGGCCCCGCCGCCGCCGCCCGCGGCGCCCCCGGCCGCCCCGCCGGCGGCCCCCGCGGCGCAGACGCCCCAGCCCCCCACCGCCCCCAAAGGGGCCAGCGACGCCAAGCUCUGCGCUCUCUACAAAGAGGCCGAGCUGCGCCUGAAGGGCAGCAGCAACACCACCGAGUGUGUCCCCGUGCCCACCUCCGAGCACGUGGCCGAGAUCGUGGGCAGGCAAGGCUGCAAGAUUAAGGCUCUGAGGGCCAAGACCAACACGUACAUCAAGACCCCGGUGCGCGGCGAAGAGCCCGUGUUCAUGGUGACCGGGCGGCGGGAGGACGUGGCCACAGCCCGACGGGAAAUCAUCUCGGCGGCCGAGCACUUCUCCAUGAUCCGCGCCUCCCGCAACAAGUCGGGCGCCGCCUUCGGCGUGGCGCCGGCCCUGCCGGGCCAGGUGACCAUUCGCGUGCGGGUGCCCUACCGCGUGGUGGGGCUGGUGGUGGGCCCCAAGGGGGCCACCAUCAAGCGCAUCCAGCAGCAGACCAACACGUACAUCAUCACGCCGAGCCGCGACCGCGACCCGGUGUUCGAGAUCACGGGCGCCCCGGGGAACGUGGAGCGCGCGCGCGAGGAGAUCGAGACGCACAUCGCGGUGCGCACGGGCAAGAUCCUCGAGUACAACAACGAGAACGACUUCCUGGCGGGGAGCCCCGACGCCGGCCUGGACAGCCGCUACUCCGAGGCCUGGCGGGUGCACCCGCCCGGCUGCAAGCCGCUCUCCACCUUCCGCCAGAACAGCCUGGGCUGCAUCGGCGAGUGCGCGGUGGACUCCGGCUUCGAGGCCCCGCGCCUGGGCGAGCAGGGCGGGGACUUCGGCUACGGCGGCUACCUGUUCCCGGGCUACGGCGUGGGCAAGCAGGACGUGUACUACGGCGUGGCCGAGACCAGCCCCCCGCUCUGGGCGGGCCAGGAGAACGCCACGCCCACCUCGGUGCUCUUCUCCUCCGCCUCCUCGUCCUCGUCGUCGUCCGCCAAGGCCCGCGCCGCGCCGCCGGGGGCGCACCGCUCGCCCGCCGCCUCCUCCGCGGGGCCCGAGCUGGCCGGACUGCCCAGACGCCCGCCGGGAGAGCCGCUGCAGGGCUUCUCCAAACUGGGGGGCGGCCUGCGGAGCCCCGGCGGCGGGCGGGACUGCAUGGUGUGCUUCGAGAGCGAGGUGACUGCCGCCCUCGUGCCCUGCGGACACAACCUGUUCUGCAUGGAGUGUGCAGUGCGCAUCUGCGAGAGGACGGACCCGGAGUGUCCCGUCUGCCACAUCACGGCCACGCAAGCCAUCCGAAUAUUCUCCUAA